AUGCAUGGCCAUGGCCGAAGCAUCCAUCUACAUAAAGAGAAAGAUGCUGUGGAUGACCGACACGUGUUGUUGACCACCGAACAAAAUACGUUAGACAAAAUCUUACAUGAUCUACCCAUGACGUAUAUCAACGGUAGACUCGUUCAUAAUCCUACUCGUCAUCAAGAUAAAGUGAAAAGCCCCAAAAAGGUUGAAAACGGAAUUAGCAGGGUUUCUACACGUUGGGAAGAUCACGACCGUCCAUUUUCAUCAAGUUGA